CACUUCCACAGUGCAGUCGCCUGACACGAACGCCCCGGCUGCUGCCGCAGCUACCUGCUGCCAGAGAGGCAUCAUGGGCUUCUGGAAGUACUCCCCCUACCUGGCUCUUGGCAUCUUGGUCCUGUACCAGGCAGGAGUCCUCCAGGCAGCACCAUUCAGGUCUUACCUGGAGAGCCGCAUGGAUCCCGCUGCAUUCGAAGAGGAUGAUUUGUGCCUCAUCCUGGCUGAAAUGGUGAAAGACUACAUGCAGAAGAAAAUUGGUGACGUGGAACAGGAGCAGGAGACUGAUGACUUCAGUGUCAACACCCAGAAGAGAGCCUGCAACACUGCCACCUGUGUGACCAAUAAGCUGGCAGGCUUGCUGAGCAGAUCUGGGGGCAUACUCAAGAGCAACUUUGUGCCAACCUAUGUGGGCUCCAAAGCCUUUGGCCGUCGCCGCAGGGACCUUCAGGAAUAAGUAGGCAACAGGUCACCCCGAAGAUGAACUCUACUUCUUCAAAUUCAUCAUAAAAUCAGCUCAGAGGAAUGCAUGGAAGACAUACCCUUCUGCAUGCUAUUUGACCUUAAAAACAC